UGCCUGAACAGCCAGUGUCACAACCUCUGCUCAAAGACAAUCAGUGCAACAUGACAGAUAUCACACAGCGAAUUUCUCUUUCCAAGCCACCAGUGAAACAGAACAUGUACAAGACUUUGUAUAUGAUGGAUUAUAAACCAUAUGAUGAGUUACAGAACCAGCUAUCUAUGAUGGAUCUCUCAAAAAAACUGCAACUGGAAACUCAGCUUAAAAAGAAGGAGUUUGAAAGGCUUGUUGAGAAGGAGUCUAUGAAAUACGCUGAGGAAUCCAUCUGUCAAGAGAUAGAACCACCUUAUCCUGUAAAAAUAGAUGAGAGUUUGUCAAACAGCCAAGAAGCUCCUCUAGCUUUCCAGCAAAUAGAGGGAGAUCAAGAAAAGUAUUAUCUUCCUUCAGAGCCAACUGCAUUCCAGAAAAAGGAAGCAGAGAGCAUAGUUCCUCAGACAGAAGCAUUUGCCAUGCCAGGUACUCCUUGUAUCAAGCAAGAAUUGGGGCAGAACUGGAACCACUAUCAACAAUUUAUGUUAGAAAUGAGGCGAGCUAAUCAAACACAACUUAAAGAAAUUAAGAAAUCACAUUUGGGAUCUUCUGUUUUUCAGGCAGAUUUUGUCACCACUACUGAUGCAAGUACUUACCAAAGGGAUUAUAAACAUUGGCCUAGUGUCCGUAGUGGCUUUUAUCAAGCAAAUCGGAAUUUCUCCAACUUUUUUUUCCAUGAUGGCUACUACAAUGAGAACCCCUGGACAUCAGAGUACAUGGAUAACUACAACAUUUUCUUAAAGAAGUUAAACUGGAAAACUCAAAAUCCUGUGUCAACUUUCUGCUCUACAGUCAGGCCCAUAUCCUGUCUUUCUCCUGAAAUAUCCAUACAGACUCCAAUAGCAGUGAAUACAGCACCUUAAAAGGGGGCACAAAGUUCUAUCUGACAGCUGCAGUCAUCAUGGUACGAAUUAAAUUUAAAUAUAUCAUGUGAAAUAUUUCAUCAAUGUAGUUAUAAAUCAUACUCUUAGUGAAAGGCUGUUUGUCAGCCAAUCAUUACACCCUUGGCUAUAGGUCCAUAAGUAAAUUAAACAUUUUCUUUGCUACCAGUAUAUAGAACACAACUUUCUUUUCAAACAAUUAUUUCAGAAUAUGAACAUGCUAAAAUAGCUCUUACAUAUUUCUUUUUGAUUGCAGCUCCACAAGCAAUAUAGGACAACUGCUACCAAAAUUUUGGCACUGUUCAGGGCAACCUGAAGAAUGUUUAUAAACCAAAGGCAACUGUUUAUAUUUCAAUUAUUUAUAUAUUUAUGUUGUUGUUAUAACUUGUUUUUGAUAAUAUAUUUAUUUACAAAAAACCCAAGGGCACUGAUCUGAACUAUAUAUGGAAACUGACAGUGCUACUGUGCUGUAGAUUUCUCUUAGGAUUAGUAAUCCACAGAUAAUUUUUCAGGUUAUGCCUUUAAAAUAAACAGUAGACAAAACAUAAAUAAGUCAUGAUGUGUUUAUUUAGCAUAAGACAGCUGAUCCCUUGUGGCUAGUUUAAAUUGUGGUAAUCAAGAUGUCUGUCAUAAAUAUAAACAUAAACAGCUACAUCUUUGGGAAUCUGUAUUUUCCUAACAUUACACCUAAGUUGCAGGAUGUCUGAAUGUAGUUGUUCCACCAGAUGAGAACUCCCAUUUGGUUCAGGUUGUAUCAAAGAUGUUUUUCAAAUGGCAACUGGACUUUUGUUUUUUUUCUUGAAGAUGUUUCACUUCUCAUGCAAGAAGCUUCUUCAGUUCUGACUGAAUGGUGGGGAGUGAAAGGAUUUAUAUAGAGAAAUAUACUAAUUUAUAUACAUAAAUUUAAACACACACACACACAAACACACACACACAAAUACACAUACAUAUAUAUAAAUCCUUCCACUAACACCAUUCAGUCAGAACUGGUGAAGCUUCUUGGAUGAGAAA